UGUCAGCGCAGAACACACACACACACCCACACACACACACACUCGCUGUCUGUCUGUCUGUCGGGAACAAACACGUACCAAACCAACCGCUCACACACACUCCUAGGACAUGAACACUCUCAUCCUCUCCUCUCUGCUGUGUUUGGUUUUCAGCGCUCUAGGUGUCCUGGGAUCCGCAGUGGCGUUCUCUGCGGGGCUGAGCCAUGUGACUGGGGCAUUGGCCUCAGGGGAAGGGGAGGAGCUACAGAGCUCUCUGGGCGAUGAGGAAGAACUGGAUCUUGAAGAAGAUCUGUCGGGAGGAACACCUACAGACGGCUCACCCCAACCAGUGCCGCGUCACAGUAAGGACCACAAAGAAAAGGGGAGAGGUCCGAAAGGGAAAAAGAAUAAAGGAAAUAAGAAGAAGAAGACAAGAACCGCCACAGCCUUCAACCCUGAACACACGUCAACAGGACACACGUUAGCAGGACACACAUCAACAGGACACACGUCAACAGGACACACGUUAGCAGGACACACAUCAACAGGACACACGUCAACAGGACACACGUCAACAGGACAGACGUUAGCAGGACACACGUCAACAGGACACACGUCAACAGGACAGACGUCGGAGUUCCUGGCCGCACACACACACCAGACGUCAGGGCGUGUCACAGAGGACCCUUGUAGCUUUUCCCACAAGGGCUACUGUAUCCAUGGGCUCUGCAAGUACAUGGCAGACCUGAGAGAGCCAGUGUGUAUGUGUAAUAAAGGCUACGACGGUGAGCGCUGUGGGAUCCUGCUCCUACCUACGACGCACAAGGAGGACAGUGGCAGAGCAGAGGUGGUUCAGACGGUCCUGGUCGUUAUAGCUGUGGUCCUCUCGUGCGUCAGCUGCCUCGCCAUACUGCUCAUGGCCUGCACACAUUACAGAACUCAUCAGAACUUUCUGGCUACCUAUCUUGGCUCUGGCAGUGAGAAAAAGCUCCAGAAAACCACACCCUGUGACAUCACAGUGUGACCAUCAACAGAGAACUUCAACGUCUGGAACCAUGAGAACCGGGAGAGGAGAAACCGGUUCCGGCUCCUACCCAGCGGAGUGAUCUACUGAACACACUCUACAACGCCAGACAGUAUAAUUUUCUGUAGGAGAACCAGCGUAGAACCUCCUUGAAGAACCAGCAUAGAACCGCCUUGACGAACCAGCAUAGAAUCGCCUUGACGAACCAGCAUAGAAUCGCCUUGACGAACCAGAAUAGAACCGCCUUGACGAACCAGCAUAGAAUCGCCUUGACGAACCAGCAUAGAAUCGCCUUGACGAACCAGCAUAGAACCGCCUUGACGAACCAGCAUAGAACCGCCUUGACGAACCAGCAUAGAAUCGCCUUGACGAACCAGCAUAGAACCGCCUUGACGAACCAGCAUAGAAUCGCCUUGACGAACCAGCAUAGAAUCGCCUUGACAAACCAGCAUAGAACCG